UACCGUUUCCCAGAGGCAGACUGUGCUGCAUUUAAAGCCGCCGGACACACGACCAGUGGAGUCUACACACUUGGCUCACCCCUGUCCGGUGUAACGGUCUACUGUGACAUGGAUACAGCAGGAGGCGGAUGGACCGUGAUCCAACGGCGACUGGACGGGUCAGUUCCCUUCAACAAGAACUGGGAGGAGUACAAGCAAGGGUUUGGGAACAAGAACGGGGAAUACUGGCUUGGGAACGAGAACAUCCACCGCCUGACUACUCAGAAGGGCUAUAGACUGCGUGUGGACGUGAUGGACUGGGGAAAAAAUACACGCUACGCGGAAUACGACACAUUUAGGGUGUCUGGUGAGUCGGACCAGUACCGGCUGAGCCUUUCCGGGUAUUCAGGCAACGCGGGAGACGACAUGACGGGCCUCAACGGGGAGAAGUUCUCCACUGUGGACAGGGACAACGAUUCCUGGAGCAGCGGCGACUGUUCUCAGCAGUACGGACAGGCCGGCUGGUGGUUUGAUGGCUGCAGCGCGUCCAACCUCAACGGCCGCUACCUGGGCAACUGUGGGAAAAACUGUCCACGCGCGCAAGGUGUGAUGUGGGUCAGCUGGAGAGGCUGGCGUUACUCCCUGAAGUCUGUGUCUAUGAAAAUCAGGCCAAAAUAA